CUUUCGUAGUAAAACCCGUAAAAAAGAACCGAAAAUUGUUUUUCCAAAAAAAUUAAAAAAAUUUCGCUAUGAAGCUGUCGAUCGUAAUAGUUACAUUAAGUGCUGUUGUCCUGUCUUCCGGUGAGGCUCAGUUCAACAAUUACCCGACACCCAUUUAUCAACAAGGAAGUCAAUUUAAUCUUCCCGGUCAGCCUAUAUACAAUUAUCAACCUGGUGUACCGACAAAUGUUCAACAACUACCCCAAUCGGUAGUCCAACAACCAGGUCAAGUUCCGCUCAACUAUCCGCCUAAUGUACCUGGUGUACCGAUUAACAUUCAACAGUUAACUCAAACCGGUUCCACGCAGCCAAUUCAACCUACUAACAAUCCGGGUUUUCCAAUCGGUAAUCAGCAAGUGUUUCAACCACAAACCGUCCCAUUCGGAGUGCAACAAAAUGGCAUUCCAAUCAAUGCGUUGCAACAAGGCGGUUACCCAGUGAAUCAACAAUUUGUACCGCAGAUUGGUAACGUUGGAGCGCCCGGACCGAUCACAUUUCCGCGGUAAAUUUUAAAGCGAUGUCGUUGCACGAACAAACGAUUAUAAUACUCCUGUAGUAUGCAUUGCAACAACGCAACGGAGACCAGUGAUUUAACAGAGUUACGUUUACAGAAGCCCGGGAAUGAUCACGUACACGUCAGAAUAAAUGAAUAAAAAUUGUUGUUGCU